AUGGCGUUCCAAUCGACGUUCAUAUCAGUAGCAAAUAAUACUAUUGAUCAAAACUCAAGUUGGAUAUACUUAGUGGAUUGGAUUUUGGCGCUUAUCUUAGGACUUGCAUUUGUCUUUUAUUUUGGAAGAUUGGUUGGAUUUGUGAGUUCGCUAGCACUCAAAUGGAUAAUAUGGAAGAAAUAUAAGGUAAGGAUUAAUGUCGAAUCCUUGAGAAUCUCGCUUUUAGGAGGGCGUAUACUUGCGAAGAAUUUAACUAUUAUAACGGUCGACCAAACAAUCUCCGUACUACAACUUAAUUUGACUUGGAGAUACUGGAUCUCCAAAUUAACUAGGCUUUCUGAAUACUAUUUUAAUGAAAAUAAUAUUGGGCUGAUACAGACCACACGAGAAGAAAAUGAAAAGCUUCCGUCUAGGUUUACAUUAUUAGUGGAAGGCUUGGAAAUUUUUAUGUAUAAUAGGACGCCUGCUUACGACAACAUGAUGGACAUACUAAGAAAACAAGAGAAAGCGAGCAAAAAGGACGAGAAAAAACACCCACAAAGUAAUACCAAAGACUCAGACGAAGAAUAUCUGCGCCAAAAUAUACGGUCAAGCAAUUCCAACAGUUCAUCGUCUAAAGAAAACAUGUCUAAUGGAGACAGUAAGAUAUCAUCUGCAUCAGUGCCUGUAAAUCUGGGAGAAAAGAGCUACCGGAGCACAGCAUCGAAUAAGGGAUCCUCAUUGUAUUUCCUUUUGAAAUUCUUACCUUUGCAUAUUCGAAUUAAGAAGGGUACUGUUGUAUUAGGUAAUGUUACUACGCCGUCUAUAUUAAUGGCAUCCUAUAAAAUGGGAAAUACCAUUGUUGAUGUUUCUCAAGCACCAUGCAUUCUUGACAAUUAUAGAUUUUUCUACAAUUUUAAUUUUGAACGAUUUCAGAUUUCUAUGAAGCCUAAUAUUGCAUACGACAGAUUCAAGUACUCCAGCCCUAAUGCGUAUCCAAAUUACUCUCCAGUGAAUAAUAGGCAUAAAAAAUCAAACUCAAAUAAUCGAAAGAAAUAUGAGCAGUGGUAUCAUUUUAAUCAGGCAGUCAACUCGAUAAGUCAUUUAAUAAAGAGACCAUUUAGAAGAGAUAGAAAGAAAGAUGAGGAUGAUGCAGACUUCGAACAGUGGAAAGGUCUAAGACGAUAUCUCGGUGAUCUGGCUGAGGGACAAGACUUUUUAGGUAACAUUAAUACAGAUGAAGAAUACGCCAAAUACAGCUUGAUAUUAGAUUCAUCUUAUACAAGAAUAUCAUACUAUUACGAUUGUCCAGGUAUAACCCCAUUGAAGUCUAAUUCAACGACAGAGAUAAAAGAUCCAGAAUUUGGUAUAGAUAUGGAGUUAUCAAUGGCGACAAUACAUUAUGGUCCUUGGGCUGAUAGACAAAGAGUUCCAUUACAAUCUAUGUUUUUUCCGACAUUAUCUCGCGAUUCAAAGCCAACUGAAGAGCAUAAAUUUCCAGGUAAAUUAAGAGGUUAUAAUGGAUUCACUUUUUUAUUAACAAUUAAAGAUCAGGUUAUCUUUAGAGUUCCAACCAGGGAACCCAGUAAGCACACCGAAACAUUGCGUAACCAAAAUACAAAUAAUGCACAUAAUCCAACAGGUAAAGUUACCAGACCGUUUGGUUGGCUUGAACUAAACAUGAAAGAGGGUUCCAAAAUUUAUUUUUUCAAUUCGUACGUAGCUAGCAACGACAAGGGAUGGAACAAUGAAUUGAAGGCAUAUUUCAACUCAUUCGAGGUGAGAUCUUCAGUAAACCAUGAUAUUUUGUUCAUGGCUGACACACAUAGCCUAGAUUGCAAAGUUGGGUUUCCGUUGAAAUGGAAUGGGAAAUGUGACUGGGCGUUCGAUAAUAUUAGUGAUAAUGGCAAAUUGUUUUUUCUUAGAGAGCAUACUAUGUUAAUAUCAGACAUUUUCACUGAUUUUGCAUCUGGCCCACCACUUCCUUAUGAAUCAUUUAGGCCAUUUCAUUAUCACGUAAAUUGGAAGCUUAAUACUUACAAAUUGUACUUGAAUGUUAAUGAUAAUAAUAUCAUUAAUAAUCCGUUAGAUUUUAGUAGCAACAAAUAUCUUUCUUUUCAAGGUGAUGAUUUGAAUUGUGAAGUUUCAAUUCCACUUUAUGGACAAUUUUCAAAGUCGACAACGAUACAUUAUAAGAUAAGUACUUCAUUUACAAAAUUUAUACUCGAUACUCCUCAAUGGCAUACAGCAAAUGCUUUCAUGAAAUCAAACAUAAUAGGGAAAAGCAAUGAUUUUACAAUUAAUGGAUCUUAUACUUAUUUUAACGAAGUUGAAAUUAACACAUCGAACCAUGUUGUUAUUAAAGUUCUUGGUGAUUUUGUGACUUUGAAAUUCUAUGGAUUUGUUGUAAGGUAUUUAUUUGUUAUAAGGGAAAACUAUCUAGGAGAAAAUAUGCAUUUCAAAACGUUUGAAGAAUAUACAGAUGAAAUGGCAGCUUCAACGCAGGCCAUAUCACAGGACGAAGAAGUAUCAUCACAAGAUUUAUCAGAUGAAUCCGAUACCGUUGCAUCUCAGAAGGCACAACUUAACUAUUGGAAAAUGAUAAAGUCAGUCAAUGAUGUAGAUAUAUUAUUCAUGUUCCAGGUUAGGCAUGGUUUGUUAUUAUUACCGUAUAAUUUGCAUGAUUGUUCCUCUCAUGUCGGUUUAAGAUUUGAUUCGUUUGACAUUGAUAUUCGAUUCACCAACUAUUAUUCUGAUUUACAGGCAGACUUUUCGCCGAUAUCUAUAACGUAUGUUGAUGGACUAGGUAAUGACGAUACUAUCUUUAAUAUUCCAAAGUAUACGGAAUUAUUUUUGGGUAGCAAUCAAGAUGCAUCAAUUGACGGCCUUACUAUUCAUACACAUAGAAUGUUUGGAUUGCCUCCAAAAGAGGUCACUUAUUAUUCUAAAUGGGACUUUGCAACUGAAGUGAUCAAUAUAAAUAGCGAUGGCUUUUUCAUUCUGGCAAUUAUGACCUCACUUCGUAGUUUUGUGUUUGGCUUCAAAGAUUUGGAAAAUGGAUUAAACCCAGAAUUUCCUUUUAUUCCAAAUGCUGGUAAUUUUUCGUUUAGAUGUCCCCAUGUUCUGAUUAAAUUAAAACCAGAAAAAGAUUCUGAAGAAUGUUCACUCUUUACAAUAGACUUGGAUUCUAUUUUAUUGUCAUUUAACGACUUAGCCAACGAUAGAUACUCAGAAAGGCUUUCUGCAUCUAUACCACUGAUAAUAUUUAAAAUUGUUGCCAAAUCUGCGGGUGAAUCAAAAUUGUUAGGAUUUCUUGAAACAUCACUUGUCGUAGAUAAUAUUAUGCAAAAGGAAAAUUCUUCUGACUUUAAGAAGUUACAACAAGGACAUAUCGCAAGCAAUGACGCACCAUAUCACCGUUGUCCAUUUGUGAUAGAUGAACAUGAAAGGGAUGAUACCUAUACGGAUGCUUAUGGAUGUAUUAUGACCUCAUUGACUUUAGUUGAUGCGUCUUAUCCCUUAAAUAAAGCAUCCCUUGAUGAGAUGGAGGAUGAUGAUUAUUCUAUUUAUGCACAAACCUUUGAUGAUAGAAAGGGUAGUAAUGGUAGUGGAAGUUUCUCACUGACAUUAGAUGAUGAUAAUAGCACCACUUUCAGCAAAAUGGCUCCAUUAUCUUCUUAUAAUACUCAAGAAUAUUCACCAGGCUAUGAUGCUGAUCCCAGAUUUAAAAUAGAUAACUUGAUAUUCGAUGUGGGUGAAAUAAUGGCGUUUUUCACGCCACAAUCCUUAUUUUAUAUUUUUAGACUUGCAAGGUCUUUCAAGGAUUAUAACUUGACAAAAUUGAUUGACGACUUACACGUAGAUGUGGUGCUGAGGUUGAAGCUUUUAAUUACAUCCCCAUCAUUUGUUGAUAAUAUUAGGUUUGUAACUCAAGAAAUUAACUUGAAGUUUGGAGACUUUGAUGUAUCCCAUCCUCUGGAAGUAUUUGGCACUUCUCCGAAGGUGCCUAUUAUAAACUUGAAUAUUACAGAACCGUCGCUAGCGUUUUCACAUUCGAUUAGUAGGGAUUCUAAUGGCCGGACUAUGACAAAAGAUUCCGAGUUUAUUACAGCUCUUCAUUUGAAGGAGGCCCUUUUUUCUGUCUCAAGACCUUCAGAAUUUACUUCACCGUUAAGCUUGGGUAUUAAAAAUAUAGAAUUUUGGCAGACGAUUGAUAGUGGUGACAAUUUGGUAUGCUCAUUUGAUGUUGAAAACACUGAUUUAUUAGUCGAUGAACCACAAUUUGAAUGGCUUUUUGAUUAUUUUAUUUCAAUAGUUGACAGCAUCACACCUACGUUACUAGAAUUUAAAAAGUUAUCGGAUGCUAACAAUAAAAGUGUUUCUGAAUUGGUGUACAAAAUUUCAACAGCUGGAAGAGAUUUUCAUAUUGAUCAUGACCCAGGGGUUUUGACUAAACCAGCGUCUGUAUUGAGAUCCCAAAAAGAUCAUAUUAGAUUUUUUGAUAGUUGGAAGGUGAUGACACGUUUACGCCAUGUUUUUGACCACUUACCAGAACAAUGGUUUAACAGUCAAAAUCAAUUAUUCAAGAACUUUGAUUGGGAGGCCCCUGACAAUGCUUACGAUGAAGUUUUGGAUAUUUUCUCUCGAUGGAGGAGUUGGGAAGUUGAUGAUAUCCAAAGAAGUUAUUUUUUUAACUUCAUAUUUUCUAAAAGACAAGCAGAUAAAAUAGAGAAUCAUCAUAACACUGAGUUUAAGAUACACUUGAACGAUAUUAAUAUUACAUUGAUGAGCCCUGAAGGUGAUGCGGACUUCAUAGAUUUCCAUGAUUUGACAACUACAUAUUCACAUUCGUUAGAAAAGCUCAAAGAUUUAACGAAUAUGAAUUUGGGUAUUAUUGAGUCGAUGUUACGUUGCAGUAUUUUAUUUAAUCUAGAAUCCUACAAAAGUAAGAUUUCACCGUUGACGUUGGCGUUGUACUCACCUUUGCUAGAGAGGAUUUCUCUGAUGUCACAUAAACGGUCAUGUGAGAGUGAUGUUUCAAAGAGUGAAUCUGUUCUCGGAUCUAAUAACAUUAACUUUGAGUUCGUUUCGAAUGUAACUGAAUUUCUGCAAAGCGUAUCAUUUCCCUACACUUCUACUGAAAUUGGCUUAAGCCUGGUUUCAAGCUCUGGUCAAGUUCUAGCCCUUGAAGAAAUAUCAGAUUUAACACCCGUUAGCUUUUCGACCAUUGCGGACUCUUUUAACUUUGUUCUAUCGGUAAAGGAGAAUAAACUUGUCUCAAUAGAGUUUGAAAAUUUUGGUUUAGAAGCAGCAAACUUUGGCACGUUAAAAAAUGGGAUUAAAAUUAUUGAUACAUCUAUUGGUAAAUGUAAUUUCAACGUUCUAGAUCAAAAUGAUACCUUCUGUGAGUCUUUGAAAUGCAUACUUGAGAAUGAUACAGAGUUUUUCAGAGAAGCUUUUUUGAUGCAUGAUGAUUUAAAAGAAUCCAAUAAUUCUUCCGAUAAUGCUCCCAAUGAAGAUAGAUGUUUAUUCGAAAUGAUAGGAAGCGUUUCACUAGAAUUUCAUGUCAAUGAAUUUCAUUGGCUUAUUGAUGUAUUGAAUCCGUUGAAAUUACGGGGGAUUGUAUACGACAAUCACUUCUCAUGGCACUUUGCGGAAAAAGUGUCGAUUUUAGAAUCUUUCAUACAGAAAAUAACGCUUGAUUCCAGUCUUAACAAGACAUCUAUUAUGGAAUCUGAAAAUUCCCAAAUACUGAAUUCUAUUAAAUUCAGUAAGAUAGAUAAAAAGUAUGCAAUAUUUACUUCAACAAGCUUGGGGUAUACCAAGUUUUUUGUACCUAAAAUUACGAAAUCUAUAGAAGCUGUGGUGGAAAACGUCGGCCUCGUGGAAAGCAAAAUCAAGCGUCUAAGUGUAAUAUUUAAUAAAGAAGAGAGUGAAAUGUCUGAAAAAAAGAGUAAAAAUCUUGAGAUAGGUUUUGAAAAGUUUGUCUUCAGAUCAAAAUUUACUAACGAUUAUAUUGGAGUAUCCACUUUUGUAGAUACAUCCAAGAUAUCUCUUGAAUUGGAAAAUUUCUCGCUAGGAAUUUAUAACUUUGAAAAUAUUAUUCAAAAUGGAAAUAAUAUAGGCUCAGUUGUUCCUUUAUACGGUAAUUUGUUCAUACCCACUACAAGAGUUUCUAUUGUUGACAGAUUAGUUCCCGUUGGAUUAUCCAACAUGUUGGAUGUAAAUCUUUCCGUUAAGGUUUACAAUGACAACGAAAUUUCUAAAGAAAUGCUGUCUCUACAAGUCGAAUCUCAGUAUUGCAGAAUUUGUUUAAGUCCUCAGGUAAUCGUUAGAUUAGUAAGUAUUGCUGAUAAACUAACUGCAGCUGCUUUGAAAAUCUCCACAAUAAGCAGGAAUGAAACAGGCAAGAAAGAUUUAAGUACCCCCAGAAAGGCUAAUUCAGACAAUUCUUUAUUUCUGUUUUCAGCUAUACAUGUUUUGAGUUAUAAUUUUUGCAUUGGCUGGCUUUUUGGAGAAUCACACAAAGAUUACCCUGGGAUUAUUUUGGGAGCGGAACGAUUUUUUGCGGUUGUGGAAGAGAAUCUAGGUAAAUUCACAUUGAUAGAUGCCUAUCUUUCGGUUGCAAAUGGGUUUCGCUCUUCCAACUUUUAUAGCACUGCAUCAGAAAAAGAAAAUUUGAAUCGUGCUUCCUUACCUAACAUGCAAGUAAUAUAUACCAUCGAUGGUGUUGAAGAUUCAAGGAAUAUGCGCAUAAUAAUGAAUGGAGACGAAUUAGAUGUCAAAUUUCUUUCAGAUUCAAUAGUAAUAUUGGAACAUACGGUAACAUCUGUAUCUAAGGUACAAAAAUUUCUCAGCCAGAGGGUAAAACCUAUAGUCCCCGAGACUGAAUCAAAGAGCACAACUGAUUCAAAUCGCGAUUAUAUGCAAACAUUUAAAUCUGCAUUUGCAUCCAUAGAAUUUAUUGCUACAUUUGCCGGAUCGAAUGUUUUGCUUUAUCGCUUAAGAGACAAUGAGGAUCUGAGUCCACCAUCAUUGUUUCUUCAUUCCCCUGCUGUCAAAAUAGCUACGAUGUAUAGACAUCAAAAGAAUGCAAAUAAGAAACAUGUCAUCAAAAGUGAAAUUCUCACCUCAUCUUCGGAUAAUACUUUAUAUUCUUCAUGCAUGCCUGUUAUAAUGGAUAUUGCCCAAGGUAUUAAGAAAAUGAUGCGUAAGACAAAUUUGGAUAAUUCAAAUGUGGCGAAGAAAGCUACCCAUGAGUCAACUAAAGAUUUCGAUCUUGGCGAUCUGUUGAAUGAUAUUGAUAUUCAUGUAGGUGUUAGAAUCGAAAGACAAAAACUAGCAUUAAGUUGUGAACCAACUGCAAAGGUUGCGACGAUAGUUGGAAUAGAUGGCAUAUACAUGCAAAUAAACACAGGCCCUAAUGAAGUACCUUCAAUAACUGCGGCAGUUCAAUUUGAUUCUAUUUCAGCAUCCCUUCAACAUAUAUAUUCUAGAGAGGUUAGUGGCUCCAUUGGAUUGGCGCGAAUUUUGUUAACAAGUUCCGUGAAAAUGGAGAAGGUUUUAAACAUAUUAUGCUCCGGUUCAUUCACAGACGUCGAAGCAUAUAUUAACGUCAAACAGUUCCAAGACUUAAAUUUAUUUAAGGAUAUUUGGUUCCCGAAACCCAAAUCAGAAUCUUACUCAGAUAUUGGUUCUAAUAGAGAAGGUAUGCUCCAGAAAACAUCUGAGUUAGCCGCAAAUAAGAAUAUAUCUUCUCGCUUCAAAGAAGUUUCGACAACUUAUGCGCUUCCUUGGUUUUUAACCUUUAUGAUAUUCAAUGUUUCCUUAAGAAUGGAUUUUGGUCAAUCAUUAGGUAAUUUUAUGCUAAAAUCUGAUAGAAUAUGGGUUGUUUCUAAGAAAUCGACAGACUGGGCACAGGAUUUAAAGUUAGGUGUGAAUUCUAUUAUUUUGUCAGCAGAAGGAAGAUUAAGUGGUGGUUUAAAUAUUAAUAGUAUAUUUUUGCACACUGCAAUUACUUGGAAAAAUAAUUACGAAACAACAUUGGACGUUCCUUUAAUAUUGGUUUCUGGAGGUAUUGAAAGCUUACAACUUAAAUUAUCAUUCGAUUAUCAUGUUUUUGCGAUUGCAAACAUACAAGGGUACUCUAUUGAUAUUUUCAAUAAAAAGAACGAACUAAAUAUAUCCAAGGACCACUUAUUUGUUACUACUAAAUUCGACAACGCAGAAUUAUAUAUAACCUCGUUGGCAGCUUCAAAUGUGUUGGAUAUAUAUAAUACAAUAAUUCGAAUGAUACAAGAGAACAGAACGUCAUAUAAAGAAACCUUACGGGAUUCUUCAAGAGGAAAGAAUAUCGGAAAUUCUGGUAUACAGAGAACUGCAAGUAAUGAAAUCUUGGAGACAGUAAAGAAAUUGGAAACCAAGAUAGAGGUAAUAGCAGGUAAUUUACUUAUUCAUGUUUACCCAUCUUCUUUCGGUGAUUCAAAAGUUCUCGUUAUAACAUUGGAUAAAUCUAUCGCCAACUUUCAACAAAAUGAAUACAGCAAAGGUAUAUCUAAUCAAUUAGAUAUCCAGUUUAACGAUUUAAAUGUUUCUUUGUCUAUGUCAAGUAUAAUACUGGAAGAUUUCAUCAGUCAGUGCAAUGUCAAUGAGUUUGUAGGGCACGCUCAUAAGGCGGCAGGGGGUACAAUAUUUGUAUUCCCAUCAUUCAAGAUUUCCAUGCGAACCUUUCAAAAAUAUCAAUCUAAUAUUAUUGAGUAUUUAUAUCAAUCAUCAUUCGGAAAAUCAGUUGACAUUAGAUGGAAUUUAGGCUCAAUUAUUUUUAUUCGUGAAAUGUAUUCAAUUCAUAAGAAUGCCUUUGCAUCACGUACAGAGUAUAAGAAGGGCAGUAGCCAAAUAAAUUCUAAAACUAAUAUUGGAUUCAAAGAGGAUAUAUUUACUCCAAAGGAUAGUAAGCCACCAUCUUCGUCGAAAUCGUUUGGAGACGAAGAUCCAACUGACGAAAUCGACCAAGCGAUUAAUGAUACUUUAAAUAAAGUUUCAAGCGAUUCAAAAUUUAGCUACUCACCACUAGCACCGCCUAUUAUAGAAGCACCUCAACUAAAAGAAUUAGGGAAUGCAACACCACCAUUGGAAUGGUUUGGAUUACAUAGGAACAAAUUUCCUAACGCUACACAUCAAUUGGGUAUUGUUAGCUUACAGAAAUUAAUACAUGAAGUGGAAUUACAAUAUUCCAAGAUUUUGGGCAAGGCAUGA